AUGACAGAUAGGCUGCCGCCUAACCUCCUCGCACUCUUCGCGCCCCGGCCACCUCUGCGCUGGGUGCCGCCCUGCGAUGUUGCUCCCGAAGAGCGCAAGUCGGCCUUCAUCACCCCCGUCGCCGACUUCCUUCCUGCCAUGCAGGCCUACGAGCAGGAAUACGAGUACCACCCGACCGAGAGCUGGCUGGAGGCGCGCGACCGCAAGAAGCGCGAGAAGAAGGAGGCUUUGGAGAAGCUGUUGACUGAGGGUCCCAAGAAUUACAACCCCAAUGACGAUCCCAACAUCAGAGGAGAUGCUUUCAAGACGUUGAUAGUGGCGCGUCUUGAUUACCGUGCUGAUGAACAGGAUCUCGAGCGCGAGUUCAGCCGCUUCGGUCCCAUCGAGCGUGUAAGUUUGCAUCUUUAA